ACGGGUCCGGGCGCGCGGACCCAGCUUGUUCUCACACGCGGGGUCUCUUAGGUGCACUCGACAUGCAGAACGACGCCGGCGAGUUCGUGGACCUGUACGUGCCGCGGAAAUGCUCCGCCAGCAACCGCAUCAUCGGCGCCAAGGACCACGCGUCCAUCCAGAUGAACGUGGCCGAGGUUGACAAGGUGACAGGCAGGUUCAACGGCCAGUUUAAAACCUAUGCUAUCUGCGGGGCUAUCCGCAGGAUGGGUGAGUCAGACGACUCCAUUCUCCGACUGGCCAAGGCCGAUGGCAUCGUCUCAAAGAACUUCUGACUGAAGGCAUCACAGAUGUGAAAUUUGUCAUAAAUAAAUAGUGGAAACACCC